AUGGCCAAGCAGGGACCUAGAUACGAGUUCGGAGGCCCACCCGGUGCCGCCGGUAUCGUCUUUGGCCUGCCGAUACUGAUGUACGUCUUCUACUUUGGCUGCAACGAUCUCAGCGGCUGCCCUGCUCCGGCCCUGCUGGAGCCGCGUACUCUCACCUGGGAGAAACUCAGGGCGCAGAUUCCUUGGCCGCAGAAUGGCAUCUGGGGCUUCGCCAGCUGGAACGUGACGGCCUGGGUCCUCGGCUACUAUCUUCUCAGCCUCAUCCUGUACCGCGUUCUUCCUGCUCAUGAGGUCUACGGCUCUAAAUUGGCUGAGUCUGGACGACCUCUCAAGUACCGCUUUAACGCCUUCAACUCUACUAUUGUGCAGCUGGCUGGCUGUGCCAUUGGAACCUAUCUACAUGGGGCCGACUUCGUCGUUUGGACCUUUAUUACGGAUAAUUACUUGCAGAUCUUGACUGCCAAUAUUAUCCUCUCUUACAUAAUCGCGACUUGGGUUUACAUCCGCAGCUUUUCAGUUAAACCGGGUAAUCCUGAGCUGCGUGAACUAGCACGUGGUGGUCAUACUGGGAACUUCAUUUACGAUUACUACAUCGGCCGCGAACUCAACCCUCGUGUUACACUUCCGUUCAUCGGCGAAGUGGAUGUAAAAGCUUGGCUCGAAAUGCGCCCUGGGCUGACUGGUUGGGCGUUACUUGACCUGGCAUUCAUUGCGAAACAAUACCGGACGUACGGUUACAUCUCGAACAGCAUCGUUUUCAUCACCGCAGUCCAAUCCUACUAUGUCCUCGAGGGUCAGUAUGCCGAAGCAGGUAUUCUGGGCAUGAUGGAUCUUACAACCGACGGCUUGGGAUUCAUGCUCAGCUUCGGCGAUAUCGUCUGGGUACCCUUCCUCUAUUCAACUCAGUGUCGCUACCUAUCGGUUUACCCCGUUCAGCUCGGAUGGACAGAGCUCAUCGCAGUUGCCGGCGUCUUCGCCAUUGGAGUGUACAUCUUCCGCGCCUCAAACUCACAGAAGAAUGCCUUCCGCACCAACCCGGAUGACCCGCAGUUCGCCAAUGCAUCGUACCUCCAAACGAAGCGCGGUACGCGACUGUUGACCUCGGGUUGGUGGGGUGUUUCUCGCCACAUCAACUACCUGGGGGAUUGGCUUCAGUCCUCGCCCUUCACACUUCCUACCGGAAUCGCGGGUUAUCUCAUUGUUCCUGCCGGAAGCUCCUUGGCUGCUGGCGCUGUUGGCAGCACUACGACGCUCGACGGACGCGUGGUGAUCCAAGACGCCGCGAGGGGAUGGGGCAUGCUGUUUACCUACUUUUACGCUGCAUGGUUUGCCUUCAUGCUGGUCCAUCGCGAGGGGCGAGACGAUGCCGCCUGCCAGCAGAAGUAUGGCGACGACUGGAACAAGUACAAGAAGAUCGUCAAGUGGAGAAUCAUCCCAGGCAUCUAUUAG